AUGGGACAAGUUAUAAGUGAAUUUCUUGGCACUAAUCCUCAAGAAGAUGUGAAAGAGACGAUUGAAAUACUGCAAAAGUUAUUGUCUGCCAAACUCGAAGCUUACGCUGCAGACAUGGAAGCAAAAGCCUUUCAAGAUAAGUCUUUGCCCAUACUUGCUGUGGUUGACAAGACCGAGAAGUACAUGGUUAAGGUAUCAGAGGGAGCCUCCGAACAUGUCGGAUCUGUGAUAGAUGACCUUUUCAGCGGAGAGUUCCUGGAUGGACUUAAACACUUGGUGAAGACAGCAAUGAACGAGCUCCUUGGCAAUGCCUCAGCGGGAGAGAAAGAAAAGAGGGAGUGCCAUGUGGUUUAUGCAAAUAACAGCAUUGUUCGAGUCGACUACCAUAUGUACAAAUAUGAUUUCAGUUCUCAUGGCCUAAGAAGUAACGCGCAAAAUGCAUUCUGCUACCUCGUUCAAGUGUCAGUUCUCGAUCUAAAGAAAGUGGAUCCACAAGUCGUCCUGUACGAGCUAGACAGGGCCGUGGGUGAAGGCAGCAUUCAAGGCAUGACCAAAAAACUACAUGAAGAAGCAGGUUUCAUGGAAGAUCUCUACAAAGUUCUUAGCCGUCUG